AGUGAUUUGACUGCGCUGGCUGAUCGUUCAUGUAGAUAUGUGUACUGAACUAGGCCGGUGAAUCGAAUCGGAAAGCCGAUAUUCUACAAGGCCACAAAGAGGAAAUGAUUUGCAUAUGAAAAAGGUGACAUUGGAAGGGACUCGUUAAGGAAGUUGAUCCGCUAGUUAAUGAACCUACUGUCAAAAAGUGGUCCAAAUUGACUUGUGAAAUGAGUUUUGUUGACUUCCAGGACGUUUUGAUCGGAAAGGAAAACAGUGAAAAGUGAUAAAUUCAGGUGUGACGUUUGGUGGGAAGUGGAUGUUGGAACUACUUUAUUACUCCGCAACAUCCUCUACGUGCGUGAUGAGGAGAUCAUUUCCUCAUGUGUGAAUCACCCCGCUUAUCCAUGCAUGGAGUUGAUGAUAAUGUCGGGGCACGAAAAUCAUGGCUGUAGUCCCCCGAACUCGAGAAAAAUGUCCCAAAUAACUCGACAUGAUCGGAAUAAGUAGCGUGGAGGAUAACGAGGAAGAUGGAGGAGAAACGUGUAGACGAAGAUUCCUGUCUCAUACGCGUUAAAGCCCAAGUGAUGACGCGUACUGAGGAGGGGUGGGGGCCUCUUGGCAAUGGGGGCUAUGGCAUUGUAGGAAUCUACAGGCUGAGCCCCGAGACCAAAAAGGUGGAAUACAUGAUAGUGGGCACCAACUCAGCCAGGGAUACGAGGCUCAUGAAUUGUCUUUUACGGCGUGAUGUAGAAUACAACAAACCGACACCUACCUUCCGACACUGGAGAACGCAAGACUCCAAGUUUGGGCUGACGUUCUCCAAUCCCUCCGACGCAAGAGCUUUUGACCGGGGAUUUGCCAGAGUUGUACAGGAGCUGGACGAUGGUGCAUCGACAGAAUCCUCACUGAACCAGUCAACGGACAAUGAAGUUGACGAUGACCCAGACACCUUCCCGCCCAGUCAUGUUGGUGAGCCACUCUUGUGUGAUCCUAGUGCCCACGAAUACCAGAACACACCGGGCAGUAACCAAAGAGAGAGUCUACGAGACAUUCUCAUGCAGCCCACCCAAGCCAGAGACUUUGCCCCUCAGUUCAACCAUCACAGCAACCAGCAACGGCUCCACCGAGUCCACUAUGUGUCACGCUCCAAGUCAGUCAAAGACGACAAGGAGCGGCGGCUGUCCAACUCCAACAAGAAGUAUUCCUCAAUUGGACACGAGACGAUAUGGACAAAGAAGGCCACGGAGUUCCAGUCACAGCGUGACAAUGGCCUGACAGGGGAGAACGGCAGCAGCGACCCUUAUGUCAAGAUCCUGAAGAAGCCGCCCCACAUCCACGAGUACGUCUAUCCAAUGGUGCUGGGAUCGGAAGGGGAGGACGAUUUGCGCAAGCCCCGCCACCACCUGAAGGUGGUGACCAGCCAGCCCAGGCCACCCUCGCCCCCGGUCAAGGCAAACAAGGUCCCUCUGCCACCGGACCGCGUCAAGUGUGUGCACUGCCAACAGUUUUUCAAUCCGGAGACGAACAGGCGGGGGGCGUGCCCGGACGCCCCCGAUGAGACAGACCGCUGCAUUGGCAAGGUCAGCUGCAUCCAGGCGGCGCAGAGCAUGAUGUACCACUGCAUGGCGGAUGCCGAGGGGGACUUCUCGGACCCCUGUUCCUGUGAUGCCAGUGCCGACACCCACUUCUGCCAGCGCUGGCUGGGCCUGGGGCUGCUUUCUCUGUUUGUCCCCUGUCUAUGGUGCUAUUUACCACUCAAAUGUUGCCACUUGUGUGGCAUGAAAUGCGGGUGCUGCGGGGGCAAGCAUAAAGCUAUAUGACGCCCCUCAAAAAAAAAAGAAAAAAAAGAAAAACAGUGUAUAUUGAUGCUUCAUGGUGCCGUGUGUAUUUAGUCGGUAGGAAUACGACUAACUGUUUUUACGUCAUCUUUGUGAAGGAGAGACGGAUGAUAAUAUUUAUGCAUAUCAUCUGAUGUUAACGUGCAUGUGUCACGUGACAAGUGUGACCUUUGGACGUUUUCUUGCACCACUGAUGACCUGAUCCUGGCCACUAGUUCCAAGUGAACCUUGCACAUCCAUCACAGAGUCUUUUCAUGGUACUGGUUCUUGUGGAAUCAUUCAUCCAUGAAACCUUGAAUCCUUAGACAAGAUGUCCCAGUAGUCUUUGCUCCUCAAGGUGUUGUAGUAAUUGCAUGGAGUCAUGUUGCAACAAGCAUAGUUUAAGCAUAGUCCCAAUAAUCCAGACUAGCGUCUCUCUCUGGGGCACAGAAAAUGAUACAUGCAGCCAAUUUCGCCUGAAGACGAACAGAGCACACUGUUCGAAACGUCGAGUGAACCCCGGUUCUUUUCAGAACCACACACACUCAAAGAGAGAAUUUGAUUACAUGGUGUCACUGCAAACUUCACAUAAUUUGGAGUAUCCUGAGUAUUUGAGAACAGAAUGUGAUUUUUUUUUGUGUGUGUGUUUUUUUUCUUUUUAAGAUGCAAAAUGAAUGGAACCUCAAGGGAACAUUUAAGCAGGAAGUUGAUGGCCUCUUUCUCUCAUAUCUGAAGGAAUUCAGGGACAGUAAAUGCCCACCAACCACAUGCGAAGCGUAUCUGGCAUUAAUCUUGCUACACAAAGUCCCUGUAUCGAUGUGCGUUUUCAAAGAACGCUUUUGCAUUUGUUUUUUUUCCCCCCAGCUCACUGAAUGCUAGAGGAACAUGGCACUCAGCUAUCCUGUCAAUUCACAGAGCUGCUAAACGCUGAAAUUUGCUCAGUUUAUGGUAAUUGACUUAAAAAUGUCGUGCAGCGUACGUAUUUGCCUGUGACCCUUCUCAGCUGAUUUUGCCGUAGAGCUUGGUCGAUCAGUUUGCUGAACAACAAAUGAUGUGCCUCAUCACUAUGACACUGCCCCCUGGCAGCUGGGCACCUUCCCGUUUUUGGCAGGGGAUCAGCACGUAAAAGAAGGCAGGGAGCCACUGGAAGUUUGCUGCUUCCUUCCAGGCCUUUUAUCAUUUCAUACUUGGGGACAUUGCAACCGGGCAGUUCGGAGGCACUUCACUUUAUGGAUAUUGCUGAAUAUACAAGGAUUAGGAAGCCACUUGGAAGUUAAGCAUUGACUUUUCCAGAGCCCUUCAGUUAUGAUGGGAAGAAAACACUUUAAGUCUAGGUCAUUAUUUUUUUCUUCUUCUGUUGGACUUAAAAGAACCAGGUAAUUCAAUUAAAGAUCUCCCUGUGGGUGGAGCAUGUGCGGCAAUUUGUAGUCGCGUCCUGACUGGGUACAUUUCCGGCCUUCUGCACGUGGUGGGGAAGUUGACCGGUCAUUGGCAGUUACAUGUAUCUGUGGUGCAAGGAGAGGCAAGAUAAGAUACCAGACUUCAAAACGGACGGAUUUGAAGGUUUACAGUCGUAAGCUUACAAAAAAGUUCUUGUGUCCAGUGAGCACACCAAACAGAACUGUUGUAAUAUUUUUUGUGUACAUUUGUAAAACUCUGUAAAAUAUAGCAACUGACUUACAUUGUAAUUGAAAUGUACGGACAGCAAGACCUAUAAAUACGCUUCAACACUUGCGACGUAUCUUUGCUUAAAUUCUCCAUUUCUGUUUUUAAGGAUUUUUUUUUAAUCUCACAGAGGCUAUACAAAUUAUGUAAUAAUGUAAAAUACAAACGUGUAUAUAAACUAUAGAUAAAUUAGAUGCAUUUAUCAUUGUAAAGCUAGAUUUUAAUCAGGGGAGUGAUAAGAAAUGGAUGGGUUACCCUUACUGUGUGCAGCGGCAUGUCUUUGUGUUUGCCAAGCUCUGCCAGGGAAACUCCCUGAUUUUUUAACGGUCAGAGAUUGUCAAGAGGUAAAUUGUCAGAAGCAUUUGUCAUGUUUGGAUUGUUCAAGACUUCUGGGAUUCACACUGAAAUCGGGUUAAUUGUACUUAAGGUUUGGGGCCUGUUAGACAUGCACCUGUCCAGCUUAGGAAGGGUGAAAACAGUGUAGAUUUGUUUGAAUUUCUUUUUUCUUUCUUUCAAUCUCUGGUUGAUGGUGAUCAACACAAGAUUUGCAUAUUUGUUCGUACAUUGGACAGGAACACCUUCAUUUGUGUGUAAAAGCACCCGACAUGUACCAACAUGUUUAAGCUGUAUCCUGCCAGAAACUUGAUUUUGCACUGAAAGUGAAAGCAAAAACAUAGCAAAAAAAAGCAAAACAAAACCAAAAACCCACCAAAAAACCGCUAAGAAAUGCAGACAAAAUGACGGACAUUUCACUGAGGAUGCCUCGGAGAGCUUGACAUCCAAAUCUUCUAUAGUGAGUUUCCUUGUUCUUUUUCCUUUUUUGGGCUGAGUGAAGAUUUGCCUCACAAGUGGGUUUUCACACUCCUGAUGUUACACGUGUACAAUGGCAGAUUGUAUGCGUAUGCUUGUGCUUCCAUUUACUGUCCUUGGUAGCAUUCUUCAGUGUUUAACGUGCUGCUCUUUUUGUGUUACUGAACUUUCUUCCUUGACUGAAAAAAAAAUGCAAAUCUCAGGUUGAAGCUGCCUCAGUGAAAAGUGGGAGUUCUUGCACCUUUUGCAUGUUUAUAGAUGUGCCCCACCCGCAGUUACUGCCAGGCUGCUUGAAUUUGUAUUUUUGGGGGAAUUUUAAUCUGCUACAUUAUUUUGUGUUUUAAUUAGUACAGAAUGUGAAAUGUCCUUAACUUUAGUUUGGUUCCAUUUCUAUUGGUCAGCCCCAUGUUCUUGAGGAUGAGUUGUUUUUUUCUGAGAGUACGUUGUAGCAAAGUCCCUGAGAGAGGAUUUUGCAGGGUUUUGUGGCUGAAUCACCCAUCACCCUAUUAGCCAAGUGUGUGUGAAAAAUUACAUUGUGAUUGAAUAAUUCCAAAGUUAUUGGAGUUAGACCAUAUCAACAUUUCAACAGUGCAGUUUGCCCACAACUUUUGCCUACCCCUUGAAGAAGUAUUUCAGCAACUUCGCUGUCUUGUCAGCAAAACAAAAGACGGAUAGUUCCAUCUCUGAAUCUGUUUCCGCUUUUUUGCUGUGCCAGGAAAUGAAUGGCAGAUUUUGACAGCCCCCUCCCACUCCAGUGCGCAUGAGUCUCUCUGUUGACUUCUCGUCAAAAGGGACACCACAAAGUCCUGUCUUGCAAGUCUGACUUAAAUGCAGUCGUGAAUGAUUCUAAUUUGCUUCCACGUUUACCUUAACUCAUAUUUGGUGCGGUUAUUUGAAUUUUUUCAUUACCUCAAGGAAAAAAAUUACACUUCAGCCUUCAGUAGGGCUCAUGCAGAUGUUUGCGUUGGUGCCUAGUCAGACACCAACUCUGCUGGUUGGGGAUACUAUGAGCCCCUAGUGUAGUUCAUAUCAAGUGUUCUGUGUAGGUGACUUUUGCACCACUGAAUUUUGUACUGCCGUGCAUGUAAACACUCUUCGUGUAAAAAUGAUGCAUUUUUUGUUUAUAGUACACCGGAAGCUCAGCAGCUGUACAUUUACUUUUUGGGGGGGGGCUCUCCAUGACGAGUAUUUCCAUUGAUACGGUUUGUCAGAUGUAGGGCAUAUUUAUGGUUCACUUCCACUAUUCCUGUUCAUCUAGUAAUGAUUAUGCUUUUUUUAUUUUGAAGAUAUGUAGCUUGUGUCAAUUUCAUAGCACUUGAAGCAGAUUAAGAAACCUUGAUUUUGCAUAUUUUGUUGGCCCAGAGUCUUCAGAUAAUCCUCUUGUAAGCAGUUGUCCACAGUUGGAUCCAAAUUACCUGCUACAAAAGGGUCUGGUUUUGGCUCAUAUGCUUUGUUUAUUUUUCAAAAUUGCUUUUUAGAUUUUGCUUUGUUUUGAAAGUUGAACUGGUUUGUUCCGGCAUGGAAACCUCUCUCAUCAUCAUUUGGGGCUUCACGCCCAGAGCAUAUAUGUUCUCAGUCAUUGAGUCACCCCGAUUAUCAGUAAUGACAAACAAAAGUGUUGGUUCCUGCAAACUCUAUGAGAUCAUCACUGCAUGGGAAACCAGUGCAUCCUGCAAGGGCUGCACAGUUCAACAAAAGAAAGUCUCCCUCUGGCAUUGGCUCUUGAGUAAUUCCAGCUCCCUACUGUUCAGUGAGACUGCAUUUCAGACACUGUUGUGUUGUGGCCGAAACAGCCAGCUUGAUCAUAAAAUUCUGAAGGAAACUCAAACAUUUUAUUUGGGAGAAGGGGGGCAUAUCUCAGUAGGUUUUGGGGAGACGGGUACAAAUGAGUGUGGUCCAAACAAAACUGGAGAGUGCCAUUUUUUGUGUGCACAUGGUAGGGUUUUUUCCCUAGCAGAGACAGAUUUUCGUAUGGUUAAACUGCAGAUUAUUCCUGCAACGAGUUCAAAAACUAGAGGAAGUUGGGAGUAGUGUCUGGGUGAAGUUGAUCUUGUUCAUCCGCACACCUGUGGCCAAGAUCAAGCCGGUUGUCAGCAUGGCCCAGACACUCUAAAGACCAGUGUACAGAGUAGUCCGCCAAAGCUAGGAGAUACUGUAGUAGCUGACAGUACCAAGCAAACUGUGGCACAGGAGUGAGACUUGACUUUAUCCCCAAGUACGGAUAAAGCUUUUGAAAGCAAAUGGUAGGAGAGAGAACAAUCCUAGAUAUCACAGAAUUAUUUUUGCUUAAACAAAAGAGAAAUAUAUAUAUAUGUCAAAUGUACAGAGAUAUUUUUUAUGCUGUAACAUUAAUUAAAGACUGAACUUUAAGGUGAAAAAAACAACAAAAAAUAUGCAAAUUUACAAAUUACUAACUGUUCUUUAAUUACUGGCAAAUGAUCCACACAUCACCUUUUAAAAUUGUAUAACCUGCAUUUCAGGCAAAAAUUACAAGUUCGUAAUCAUCGUACCGUACAUUAAUCUGUUAUGCCUUUGCCUCAGACAGUUUAGAUAUUAAAUUCUGUCUUUAUACAAACCAGUGUGAGAGGCAGCACACAAGUUUGUAGUUGGUCUGAACGACGCUGGUCUGAAUCUUUGAUUGUUUAUAUUGCAGGCAAUGCACCAUUUAUGACUGCUGCAAGUCAGUAAUAUGUGCCACCUUUUACUGUCGGUCCUGAAAGUAUUCUGGUGCCCGGUAUCCCAGAAGCCCAUUUAAGGCUACAUCUUGAUAGUAUUGGCUUCAACAGGGAAUGGCAUACAUGUGGGUCUAUGGGAAGCCACUUUCUAGUGGCUGUGUCCUCUCGUAAUGUAGACUUGUGUGUUACUGCCAGUCUCCGCCUCCAGACAGAACUUCACAUCAGGCCUGCUCACUCAUACCCAGGGUUGGGGGGGGGGACCAGGAGAGUCGGUCUCGCUCCCAAACAUUGUGAAGGAAAUGCAAAAACCAUUGUUUGCGGUCUUCAUCCCAAGUCACCGGUUAAAACAACCAAUCUGGGCGCAUAGAAUGUAGCUGCCACCAGCAUCCUUUUUGUGGAACAGAGGGUACAAGUGAAGUGGGCUUGAUGUGAUGAUGAAUUCCUGUGCUCUUUGACUGGGGACAUUUACAUGUAAUGGCUGAUUGCACUUAAGUCUUAGGCUUCCUGCACUGAAAUACUCAUCUUCAAAAGUUUAAGCUGUGCUCUGUAAACAUACUUGAGCAAGGUUGCAAGAACUGCAAAAUGUUGGAGGUUGUUGAAUCACUGUUAAGAUUUUUCUCUAAAUUUCUCUCCUUCUGGUAGCCUCACCUUGUUAAAGAAAUUUUUUGGACAGAAGCAACCACUGUUCGCAAAAAACCCCCUUUUUUUUUUAGAUGGCUCACAACAAGUGGGACAUUCCCGCUGCCACCCUUGAUCAGAGCUUGAAUCAUACUUUUUUUUCUCUGUGCUAAACUCGAGCUCCUGGACGGCCAUUUCUGAUAAGCAGUUGUUUGUCCGAUUGACCGUCUUUCCUGCAUUUAUUUUGAUAUUUCCUGAGUCAUCUCCUCCUCUUUCCUGUAUUUAAUUGAUCUUUUCCUCAUUUUUUUGCUACAUGUGCUUGACCCCUCUGCGGCCAAGCGUGCCUGCUGCACAGCUGCCAAGCAGCUCACCUUGUAACUUUGCUAAGGAUGUCGAUAUUGGCUUGCUGUAAAUAUGUUUCCUGUCCGUACAUGAGGUACCUGUCACCCAUAAUCUUGCUGAAAAGUGUCACCCCCUCUUUUUGUGAUUUCUGUUUGAUUGGCUCUAGGAUAGUAAAAAUAUAUACCAUGAGACCUCAUGUUAAGUCCAGGUGCUUGUAGCAUGGCAGCAAAGUCAUGUUUUUCAUGUACAUGAAUACAGACAAGCCAUCAGAUUCGCUCCUUGGCCUUGAGUUGAGGCUCGGGAGAGUGUGUUCACAAGCAAAAUUGCAGUUAACAGAAUUGUAGUUGAGCUGCCAUAGGUGCUUGUAACUUACACCGAGUAAAGGUACUGAGAUCACUCGAAGAGUUUUCACUGCAUAGUUUUUCCCACUGCCUUUGUUUAGAGAAAUGUAUGUAAAAUGGUCACACAAGAGAUGGGAUAUCCUAUAAUGAGUUCACCACUGAGGAGUUUUAUGCUGUUGGUAAUUUUCGUUAACCUUGUUUCUGAGUGUUUUUUUUUUAUGUGGGGUAUUUAACACGUCUGUGCGCUCACAGGCAGAGGGAAAUGGGAAAGUUUACUGUGAAAUGUAGCAGUUAUGACAUUAUCUAGUAGACUUAACCAAGACGAUGUGUACAAAACAUGAUGAACCUGUAAUGAUGA